CUCAUCUCUCUCUCCAUUAAUACCCUUCGCAAGCAAAAAAAAAGAAGCUUUGAGCUUUUAAUGAGUUAAGGUCCUCUUUAGUUCCUCCGGCAAAAUCUGAGUCUUACCUCGUGUACUUGCUUUUAUCUUUUUCAGGGUUUAAUUAUAAUUAAACUCCAAGAGGAAGAAAAAUGGAUAUGAGAAGCCAUGAAAUGAUAGAGAGAAGAAGAGAAGACAAUGGCAACAAUGGUGUUGGUAACAUCAAUAGCAUUAUUACAAGAGAAGAUAAUGGCAACAAGACUCGUGUCUCUUGCAACUCUCAAACCCUAGAUCCCCACCAAUCGAAGUCUCCGUCUUCUUUUUCCAUCUCCACCGUACGGUACCGAGAGUGUCUGAAGAACCACGCGGCGAGCGUCGGUGGAAGUGUAUACGACGGUUGCGGCGAGUUCAUGCCGAGUGGUGAGGAAGGAACAUUAGAAGCUCUUAGAUGCGCUGCUUGUCACUGCCACCGUAAUUUCCACCGGAAAGAAAACGACGGUGUCGGAAGCUCAGAUGGAAGCUCUCAUCACCACCAUCACCAGUACGGUGGAGGGAGAAGACCACCGCCGAGAAACAUGAUGCUUAACCCACUCAUGCUUCCUCCCCCGCCGAGUUACGCGCCGUUGCACCACCACAAGUACGGAAUGAGUCCUCCUGGUGGAGGAGGGAUGGUGACGCCGAUGAGCGUUUACGGCGGCGUCCGAGGAGGAGGAGCUGAGUCGUCUAGUGAAGAUCUGAAUAUGUAUGGACAAUCAAGCGGAGAGCAUGCAGGAGGUGCUACGCCGGGACAAACGGCGUUUUCGAUGAAACGGUUCAGGACGAAGUUCACGGCGGAGCAGAAGGAGAAGAUGAUGGAGUUUGCGGAGAAGCUAGGGUGGAGGAUGAACAAGCAAGACGAAGAAGAGCUCAGGAGAUUCUGUAGUGAGAUCGGAGUUAAGAGACAGGUCUUCAAAGUCUGGAUGCAUAACAACAAGAACAUUGCCAGGAAACCACCACCAACAUCAACAGCAUCAGGAGCUCUCUAACGGUGAAGGGAUCAAGUACUUUUAGUUGUGAGAUUAAGUAAGAGAUUGUUGUCUUUUUGUUUUAAAUGUUUUCUAGGUUUUUGUAGCUUGUACGAUUGGAUGAUGUUUUGUUUGCCUAGUUAAUAAUAAUAUGUGUGUUUUAGUUUAGUUUGACUUUUAUCUUUUA